AUGCUCUAUUCUCAACUCUACGGCCUCGUAGCUACAGCUACUGUAGCAGGGGCGCUUCUGCUUCAGGUUGACCCUGGAAGUCCUGGCCACGAGCUAAGCCCUUUGCUCCAUGGUCUUAUGUUUGAGGACAUUAGCAAUAGUGGUGACGGAGGCGGCGUGACCACCCUCGACCCUUGGACAGUUCAUUAUGGCGCGGCAGAAAUCUCUCAAGAUGCCGAAGCGCCGCUAACUGGCGCGAUUACCUCGUCCCUCAAGAUUACCGUUCCCCCCGGCGCCGGUGGAUUCACCGGCAUUGCAAACCCUGGGUAUCGAGGCAUCAUCGUGAAUGGCGGUUACUACAAUACCACUUUCUGGCUUCGUGGUGAUUUUCAGGGCGAUGUCAAAAUCCGUCUUCUAGGCAAUGAGACUGAUGUCGAAUAUGGCUGGGCUAUCAUUCCCGUGGACUCCAAGGCUGAUUCAUGGACACGAUAUGAAGCCGGAUUCUGGACCACAGCCUCCGCCGAUGGGAACAACCUCUGGGUUUUCGAGAUCUUAGCGGAGACUCUGACUAGCGGAAGCAUCAAUCUUGGUUACCCGACCUUAUUCCCUCCUACUUUCAAAGGUAGAGAAAACGGGUUGACAGUCGAUUUGUCUGAAGCUCUCUGGUGUGAGGAUAUGUCUUUGGAGCCUAUCCUAGACGUAUGGGCCGGCCUCGGACUUGCGGGGCUCCCACCAUUAGUAGGAGAUGAGCUUGAGCCGUAUGUUGACGAUGCAGUCCGCGAGAUUGAGUUCGUCAUUGGUGACAUCAAUACGUCCGGUGGGGCACUUCGCGCGUCUCUCGGACACCCGGAGCCGUACCAGCUCAAGUUCGUCGAGGUUGGGAACGAAGACAAUCUCGCCGGUGGUUGUGAGACUUACAAGCAGCGAUUCUUGCAAUUCUUCGACGCUAUUAAGGAGGCAUAUCCGCAAAUAACUGUCCUUACCUCCACGUCUGACCGAGCCUGUCUGCCGGAUCCGAUUCCCGAAGGCGUAUGGCUUGACUUCCACGACUACAAUGUGCCGGAGAAUUACAUCAACGCAUAUGACUUCUACGACGACUGGGAUCGCGCUCACCCCGUUUUCAUCGGUGAAUAUGCCAGGUGGGGCGUCAAAUGGUCCGAUAUGCGAGGCGCCUGCUCCGAGGCAGUCUAUAUGAUGGGCUGGGAGCGUAACGCGGACGUGAUCAAACUGGCUGCCUACGCACCUACACUACAGAAUUACGAUCCUGUCAACGGACAAUGGACUAUUCGCAUACAAAUCCCUGGCAAGGCAAACGUAAAGGCAUCCUUUACCUCAAUCACUGCCGGUCCCGAUGAUGCUAACUCGGUCGAAAACCCCACACUUGUUUCCGCCCCCGCUGUGCUGGAAGUGCUUGGAAACGCUGACGGUAUAUUUGCCAUUGAACUAGGGCAGUUCGGCGUUGGUGUACUCGCAGCCUAA